AUGUCUUUAAACGUCGGCGACAGCGCACGACGCGGUCGUACGCCUUCUCCAGCACGUGCUGAUGAAGGUUAUGACCGCCGUCGCGGCCGUGAAAGUUCCCCGUCUCUUCUUGACGCAGUGCGCAUGCCCUCUCCACCUGCUGGAUAUAGCUACGAUGACACAACACCUCGCCGUUCAUACCGCCCAGCUUCACCUACAGACGAGUCCAGUUAUUACCGCGCUAGCCGCGACUCUAUCACAUCGGAAGAUGACCGACGCUAUUCAAGGCGAAGCGAAGAGCGCGUGUCCAAAGGCGACAAGGAUAUAGUAGAAGCCGCUCAGGAUGCACUGCGACGAGGCGCCGAUACCUUACUUCCGGCGAAAUACACAAACAGGUUGCGCGAGUCAGAGAGCGAAAAAGAGCGGAGAAAGGAACUCAAGAAAGAAAAAUUAGAAGAUGACUUAGCCUAUGGUAGUGUCGUGUCUCCCCCGACAACUACGAAAUACUCUGGCGGCCAUUCUCCAUCACCUUCUGGCGGUGCCGGCUAUUCUGGGCCCGGUCGGUGGGAAGAGGACAGGUCAGGAGAUAAGUUCAGAUAUCCCCGCGGGGACGCGGUGUAUACGCCACCGGGUUCAGACAGGCCGGAUAAACAACGACAGCGUGAUUCUUAUGGACUGGACAUUAGGUCUUCGAGUGCGAGAAUUGUUGCUGCCGAACCCGGCUUGGGUAAUCGCAGAGAUCACUCAUCCAAGCCACCUACUGGGCGGAUGUCUACCUUGACUGUUAAUACGGGGCACCAUGCUGCCUCACUCUCUCUGUCAAGCGCACCGCCAUCACCACUAUUAGAGUCUUACUAUGGCACUUAUCAGUCCAUGUCCCCGAUGCCAUCACCGCUGCUCCUUGCUUCGGAUGACCCCAGAAGAAACUCGGACCUAAUUGAACCUCUUUCGCCGGGUCUUUCUGAUGAAGGCAACGAGAAGAAGCGUCGUCGUGCCCGUUUCCAUGACCCUGUUGACGAUGCGGCACGCCUAGCUAAAGCUCUCAGGGGUGAUCACCUACCUCCUGAUACAGAGCCACUGAUUGAAAUUUUACCUGGAAUGACGCAUGAGCAGAUUAUGGAGCUGCGUGUCGAGUACAAGCGACUCGUUAAGACCGGUCCCGAACGUAAGGGUGUUAACGUUGCUAAGCAUAUCCGCGUUCGCCUAAAGGAUGAGGAGCCCAUCCUAAUGAAGGCAUGCUACACUGUCGCGCUCGGAAAAUGGGAGUCGGAGGCGUACUGGGCCAACUUUUGGUACCAUGGUGAUAAGACGCGGCGCGAGUUGUUAAUUGAGAGUCUGAUGGGGCGCUCUAACUACGAAAUCGCAAAGAUUAAGGAGGCGUUCUCAGAUAAGAAAUACAGAGAUUCACUGACGCUAUGCAUGAAAACCGAGCUGAAGGAGGACAAAUUCAAGCGUGCGGUACUCACAGCACUAGAAGAGAAGCGGAUGGAUGAUGUGGAUGAAUACGGACGGCGGCUUCCUAUCAAUCACGAAAUGGUGCAGGACGACGUUGAAGCUCUAUAUAAAGCCGUUCGUAGCGACAGAGGUGGAGAAUCUGCCAUGAUCCAAAUAGUUAUCUCAAGAAGCGAUAAUCACUUGAGAGAAGUCCUCAGGCUCUAUGAGAAGGUUGUUGGUGGUAAUUUCGCUAGGGACGCGCUGAAGAAGAGCGGAAAUCUCGUGGGCGAGCUCCUAGCUCAUGUCCUCAAUGGAAUUAUUAACAAGCCCGUCCGCGACGCACUCCUUCUCCAUCACGCCCUCACCGCUUCUAGGAAGGAUCAACUACGUCGGGAACUCCUCAUCUCUCGUCUCGUUCGCUUCCAUUGGGACCGCCACCAUAUGGCAGCUAUUAAGAAGGCCUAUCGCGAACGCUACGGCGAAGAGCUAGCUGAUGCCGUAAAGGAGGGAACUAGCGGUGGCUGGGGGUCAUUCUGCCAGCAGUUAGUUGUCACUCGCAUGCCCGACGAUGUAAAGAGCUUCGAGAAAGUUGAGGCUGUGAGGGAGAUCAAGCGAUCGGAUCGAGAGAAAGAAGAGAGGAUUAGGGAGAAAGAACGUGAGAUGGACCGCGAAAGCGAGAAGGAAAGGGAGCGAGAGGAGAGACAUAGACGAAAGGAGAAGGAGAGGGAGAGGGAGAGGGAAAGGGAGAAGGAUAGAGAGAGGAGGAGAGAGAAAGAGAGAAGCGAAGGAUUGCUUGUUGUUAAGGACCACAAGCACAGAGACGGAAGUCGCAGUCGAGAGAGGAGCAGAAGCCGGGCACGGGAGUAA